GCAGGUAGCAGGGACUUGGAAAAAUUAACCAUUUACCUCAAAACAGGUGUUUUUACCUUUAAUUUUUAUUAUUAUGUGUAGUAGAGUUGGUAGGAUUGGCUUUGGAAGAACUCAUUUCUCAUUGAAAACAUCACAUGACAGGGCUGAAGGUAAUGAAUAUGUGGACAUUCUAGUCUGAUCACAUGCAUAAUAGGGCGGCAUGAACCAGGGGACACACCACUAGUUAUUCCGGCUGCAUUCGCAUCUUUCUGCACGGACCUGUUUCCAGACUAGACAGAAAGCGAAUUCUAGAAUUUACAAAACCGUUUCUUUUUUGGUGAUCCAGGCAGGGGCCCAUUUCAGGACAGCUGAAAUGUCACAAAACAAUACUCUGAAAGGACACCGUGCAAAUUCUGAACCCAGCUUCGAAGAAUGGCUGCAGUCCCAGGCUGCAAAGAGUCUCACUCCUGGCCUUGCUUCUUUGCAGUGGAGCCCGGGGCCCCUUGGGAAAGCAGUUUCGCCUGGCUCCAAAUUGAAAGCUGAGGCUUCAGGUGAUCAAGCUGAGCUAAUCCAAAUAGUCCAAACCAAGCUGUACCGUCGCCGCUGGGUCAUGCUUUUUCUCCUGUGUGCAGUUUCUGCUAACAAUGCCUCUAUGUGGCUCCAGUACGGCAUCAUUAGUAACAUUUUCAUUCGCUUCUACAAUGUUGAUGCCUUGGCCAUCGACUGGUUGUCCAUGAUCUACCUGCUCACCUACAUACAUCUUAUUCUUCCAGUCCUCUGGCUGCUGAACAACAGAGGGAUCCGGGAUGUUGUUCUUGUCGGGUCAGCAUUUAACUGCAUCGGUAGCUGGAUUAAGAUUGCUGGUGCCAGUCCUGACGGGUUCCUGGUGACCUUUUUUGGACAGUUUGUAUGCUCAGUAGCCACAGUGUUUUUUCUUGGUAUUCCUCCAUAUGUUGCUUCUGUGUGGUUUGGAGAAAAUGAAGUUUCAACUGCUUGCUCCAUUGGGGUUCUGGGAAAUCAGCUGGGUUGUGCCAUUGGUUUCCUCUUACCUCCAAUCCUGGUGCCUAAUGUAAAUGACAUGGACGAGCUGGCGAACCACAUCCGGAACAUGUUCUACAUAACAGCAGGAGUGGCAACAUUUCUCUUCAUCCUUGUUGUCUUUGUUUUCCAAGAGCGUCCGAAGCUUCCUCCGACUCUGGCGCAGGCCUCAGCUCUCACAAUCCCAGCGGAGGAGUACUCCUAUAGGGCAUCUAUCCUCAGGUUGCUCCGAAACAAGCCCUUUGUUCUCCUCAUCAUCAGUUAUGGUCUGAAUGUGGGUUGUUAUUACGCUGUUGGAACUCUGCUGAACCGCAUGAUCCUCAAGCAUCACCCUGACCAAGAAGUGAACGCUGGGAGGAUUGGGCUCACCAUUGUCAUUGCAGGGAUGGUGGGCUCCCUCAUCUGUGGCGUCUGGCUGGACAGGAGUAAGACGUACAAGCAAACUACUCUUGCUGUGUACAUCAUGACGCUAGUGGGGAUGAUCAUAUACACUGCAACACUCGACCAGAAAUACCUCUGGGUGGUGUUUAUCACUGCGGGAGCUCUUGGGUUCUUCAUGACAGGCUACCUACCUCUGGGUUUCGAGUUUGCAGCUGAAUUGACGUAUCCAGAGUGCGAGGGAACUUCCUCAGGGUUGCUGAACUGUUCAGCGCAGGUGUUUGGCAUCAUAUUUACCAUCUGCCAAGGGAAAAUCAUUGACAAGUUUGGCACCUUGGAAGGAAACAUUUUCCUCUGUGUGUUUCUACUAAUAGGCUCAAUAAUGACAGCCUUUAUCAAGUCUGAUCUGCGGAGACAGAAUGCAAACCAACUUGCCAAAGAAGAGGAACCUACCAAUUACACUACAGAAAACUUGGACUCACCCACCAUCAUCAAAGAAGUCCAGUUUUAGGGAAUUACAUUUCCUAUCAACAUUUUAUAUGAAGAACUGAAAAUCAUAAAACUUCCAAAACAUUUUCCUUUUGAAUUGACCAAGACAAAGGGUUGACUGUCAGUAUUUUUUUCCACGUUAAUUACAAAUGCCUGGCUAAAAUAAAGCAACAAAGUUUGAUAUUUUGUUGAACCACUUUUAGAUUUGAUUACAUCACAUAUUAGCUAUGGCAUUCAAGUGCAUAAUUAUGUCUAAACUGGCAAUGUGAUCUUUGGGAGGAGAACAGAAUGACUGUGAAAACCCAAAACUUUUUGUUGUUGUUGUUGCUGUUCUGCAGACAUCAUAAGUAUUUAAAUACUCAACUAAAUCCAUGACAACAUGUGCAGCUGCUACUCUGUUCAAUGCCACAGGACCGGUUUAAAAAGCGGAUAAAUCCAAGUUGUAUCAGUGAAGGGACAGUAUUAACUUUAGUUUUAAAAGCUAAAUGGCUUAUAUCUAUGUAGUCCUUUUUUAAAGACACCCUGACCAUUCAAUGCACUUUAGACAGAGCCAAUUUCACCAGAUCACAUUCAUGUACCAACACAUAAUUCUGAUUGUUCCACAUUAGAACACAACAUGGUGAUAUAUGUAUUGGUCAAGGAAGACAAUGACAUGUAGCAGGAAUCAAUCCGAUAUUUGUUAGAGUUUCUACUGAGACACAGUCAUCAAUCUCCCUGUAGACAUGCAGAUCAUUUUCUGGAGCCCCUGGAAAGGCGCGGUAAAGGUCCUCCAUAUAAAUGAUUAUGAACAUUUGGGAGCCAUGUGAGGGUUCUUAGCUUCAGUUACCUUCAGUGAGAAUUAUUUUAUUUACCUCAUCCAGCUUUGUUUCUCACAGGUACAGCUAUUUUACAUCUUUUUAAUUGAAUUCCUCUUUAAGACUGUUCUCUUGUAAACACUCUAGUGUUUUAAAUUCUCUACUAUUUUUUAAGAGUUAGAGAAAUUGGCCUCUAUCCCAAGAUAUCUAAAACUCAUUCAGAAAAGAAAUGAUGGAUUACCAAUUAAAAGCACUUAAACGCUGAUUAACUUUAAACAGUAAAGGAUAAAUGACAAUCACACUUCAGCUAUCGUUUUCAAAACAAUAGCUGAACUUUAACAACUUUACUUGUUUAGUUUCCAUUUUAAGGUUGCAUUUCUAUAAAUUGUACUGUGAGAUUAUGUCCUGGAUUAAAAAAAAAUAUAAUUUAGGGCCUUUAACUUUUUUCAAAUGGUUUAAAUUUGUGUACAGUGAAGUAAACGAUAUAAUUUUGAUUCUUUUUUAUUUCCUAAAAGUCAUGCAUAUAAAUAAUUUGCAACUUUAGUUUUGAAUGCGCAGAGGUUAAUCUAAUUUAAAUUGAAAAGGACUAAUGCAUCAAUAGAAGAUUUGACAUAGAAAACAUCGAUUUUCCAGCAACAAAUAAAUAAAACAUUCACACCAAUGAUAAUUUUAGUUUGACUUAUCCUAACAUUCACAUUUUUUAAUUUUACUCUGUUAAAAAGAUGUGCAUGUUUUGCUUUUUCUAAUGUAGGAAAUGUCCAUCAAGAAUAUUUUCAAGGUAAUUGCUGACAGUUUUAGGUGUGUAAAAUGUCAGAUUUUAUGUCUUCCCUUAAGUACAAAAUCUGCUUAAAUACAUACCGAUCCUUCAAUGAUACAAAUGUCUGUAUUUUUUAACAUGUCCUUUUUGUGUUAGGUGGUCUCUUUUGUUAGUUUACAAUGGUUUUAUAGACAGCCACUGUGAUAGUUUUCCCUACAUAGGGUAAUAGACUACUACUUUCUGCUCUUGAAGAAGUAUUUUCUAGAGUUAAACUUAGAUACUAAAACUCACUAAACAAAGUCUCACUUGUUUUGAUAGAAAUGUUAUUGAACUUUAACACUGUUUAUUUUUUGAUAGAAAAAGUAAGCGAGUAGUUAACUGAGAGCAUACCGUAAGUAAGUACACCCAGACACACUAGAGGGCGCUGUUGAUCCAUUUCUGUUGUGGUCCAGCAGGGUGGAAAAGCUUGAUUUUUGACAUUUAGGCUCAUGUUAAUGUAUGUAUGAUGGCUCUGCGCUUUUUUUUCUUUUCCACUAGUUGUCAAGUCUUUAAGCAGACUAGUAAUUAAAAUCUGAAAAUAGGGAAAACUUUUUAACACAACUACAGCAAGUGCCUUUUCAGAAAGAAAGGAAGCAGCUCAAUAAAAAAAAAAUGAGUCAA